GUACCAGAGCCCGGGUUCAGGACCUAGUCACCCGACGACUGCGCCUGGGGCGGGGCCCGAGCCGUGGGGCGCGCCAAGGAUGACGCGGGUUCUUUCUCUGGGCGCGAGGUCCUGUACCGGAAGCUUUCCGAGACGGUCGUCGGGGAAAAAACCUGGCUCGGGCUUUGACGGGCAGACCGACUGUUAGCCCAGAAGAGAGUUAGAGUUGUUCCCUGAUAGCUCUGCUGCUAACCGUAGGCAAAGCAGUAACGAUUCCUUCAGCAACCCGAGUGCCGAGCUCCCGCCAUUGCUAGACCCUGAGCUUGGCACAGUGGGGAAUUUCCGAAGACCUAAAGUAGAAUGGAUCUGCCUGUGGAUGAGUGGAAAUCAUACAUAUUUCAGAAGUGGUCUUUGCUCCCAAAGUCCAUUCAGGACACAAUUUCUACGGCAGACACUUUAAGGGAUAUCUUUCUUCACUCCUCUUCGCUGCUUCAACCUGAGGAUGAGAUGUUUUUAAAAAGUCUCUCUAGAGGUUACCUGGUGGGAAAGGAGCCCAACGCUCCCCCUUUCUACAGAGAAGAAGGAAACAAAAAAUUUCAGAAGAAGGAUUAUAUGGGAGCCACAGUACUAUACUCUAAGGGAAUAUCGCAUGCAAGGCCUCACAGUGCAGACAUUUCACUGUGUUAUGCCAAUCGCUCUGCGGCCCUCUUCUACCUGGAUGAGUAUGAAAUGUGUCUUAAAGACAUCACGAGAGCACAGAUGCAUGGGUAUCCGGAAAGUUUGCAACCCAAGGUGACGUUGCGUAAGGUCGAAUGUCUGGUGACCCUAGGGAGACUACAGGAGGCAGGCCAGACCAUCAGGGAUCUUGAAAGUAACUUUGCUGCCAAACCAAGCCUAGCAGCUGCCCAGUUUCAAAUUCUGCAAAGAAACCUCUGUCGUCUGAAAAUGAAGGUACAGGAAAGGGAGAAUCUCACAGCAUCCUUCCCAACAACUCUAACGAAAGCCUUUGAGGAUAUGGACCUAAGGGAAGAGAAUGAACAGAUUCCCGGUGCAUCAUCAUCUGUCAGCCUAUGCAUGGACCCUUUAAAAGGCCGCUAUCUGAUUGCCACAAAAGAUAUUCUCCCGGGAGAGCUCUUGGUGAAGGAGGAUGCUUUUGUGAGUGUCCUUAACCCGGGAGAAAGGCCACCACUACAUCAUGGCUUAGAGAGCAAGUGGGAUACCAGAGUUACUAAUGGGGACCUCUACUGUCACCGAUGUUUGAGGCACACUUUGGCCACUGUUCCCUGUGAUGGAUGCAGCUACGCCAAGUACUGCAGCCAUGAGUGUAUGCAGCAGGCCUGGGAUCUCUACCAUAAUAGAGAGUGUCCUCUAGGAGGCCUGCUGCUCACCCUGGGUAUCUUUUGCCACAUCGCCCUGAGGUCGACUCUUCUAGCUAGAUUUGAGGAUGCCAGCGAAGUCAUAAGAAAGCUCUGUGUUGAGAUGAGUAACAAGGACAUGUGUUCACCUGAAAGUGAGAAUCUGGUACAAACACCCAGUUCUGACGCGGGAGGGGAGAGUGAGAAAAAUGGCAAAACAGUUAAGACCCCAGUUCCAGGGUGUGAUCUUAAUGGCAAAUACGAAAAUAACUAUAAUGCUGUCUUCCACCUCAUGCCCCAUACUGAAAACCAUAGCCCAGAGUACAAAUUCCUCUGUGCUGUCAGUGUGUCUGCGCUCUGCAGGCAGCUCGAGGCCGCUGAUUCCUCGAAGCCGGCCACAGCGCCUCCUGCUUGGCGUUCGGAGUUGCGUGCCUGGGGAGUGGCCAUGUUGAAGCACAUGCUCCAGCUGCAGUGCAACGCUCAGGCGGUGACGAGCAUUCAGCGACCAGCACUUUCAGGAUCUAAAGAGAACAGCGUUACCAACAGCAGACAGGUCCGCCUUGCCACAGGCAUCUUCCCUGUUGUCAGCCUCCUGAACCAUUCCUGUAGCCCCAACACCAGCGUGUCCUUCAUUAGCACCGUCGCCACCAUCCGGGCAUCAGAGAAGAUUGGAAAAGGGCAAGAGAUCCUCCACUGCUAUGGGCCUCACCGCAGCAGGAUGGCUGUUGCCGAGAGGCGGCAGAAGCUGAGGUCCCAGUACUUCUUUGACUGCAGCUGCCUGGCUUGUCAGAAGGAGAAGCACCGGGCUGCCGUCAGGCCCCGGUGGGAGGCAUUCUGUUGUGACCGGUGCAGAGCACCCCUGCAGGGAGGUGACGUUCUGAGCUGUGGCAGCACGUCCUGUACGGAAUCAGUCAGCAGGGAUCACCUCAUCUCCCGGUUACAGGACCUUCAGCAGCAGGUUGGGCAGGCCCGGAAGCUUCUCACAAGUGGUCAACUAGAGCAAGCCAUUCAGCUGUUGUUGGGGUGCCGGCACGACGCUGAGAGCUUCCUGUCAGCAGAACACAGCAUGGUAGGAGAGAUGGAGGAUGCCCUGGCCCAGGCCUACGCUGCCUUAGGGGACUGGCAAAAGUCAGCUACCCAUCUCCAGAAGAGUCUCCGAGUGGUUGAGGUUCAGCAUGGGCCAUCCAGUGUUGAAAUGGGCCAUGAGCUCUUCAAACUGGCCCAACUCUUUUUCAAUGGGUUUGCAAUCCCAGAAGCACUGAACACAAUACAGAGGGCAGAAAAGGUUCUGAUGGUUCACUAUGGCCCUUGCAAUGAUGAGAUCCAGGAGCUACAGAAGAUGAAAUCUUGUUUAUUGGACUCGCCACCCAUCUCAUUGGGGCCUUCAGUGUAGGAACCCAAGGUUUUCUUCAGAUAGUUAACUACCCUCCCGUAAAAACUCCCAGUUCCCAGAAAAGACUUGAAACUAGUGUCUGGAGAGCCUAAGCCCUUUAAAAGGAUUUUAGCUGAUCUGCAGGCAUCUGGAUGUUAGCCUGGGGUUUUGGCUAGACUCCAUCUCACUAAAUGAUGAUAGUCUAUUUCCCUGGAACAUUCCUAUGGCUUCUAGUAGUAAUGACAUGUUAUGUACCACUCCAAUGGGAACUUAUGCUCUUAGUAGUUGUGUUGUAAUUGAAAAAUAAUUAUAAAGCAAGAAAUCACCGAGGCUCCUUACCUCUAGAGACAUCAUUUCAUGUUAUCGUAUCUAGCUUUCUCGAAUCCUUUGUUAAAACUGGUACAGUGUAAAUUGUGAAUAGAGAAAUAAGUAUGGGGCCACUUUAUUGUUGGGCAGUCUCUUCCUGGGAUGGCAACUCUAAAUUUGUCUCCUACCAGUUUUCCAGUCCUUAUUAUUGGCCUCUCCUUCUGUACUCUGGCAGACCCGCUGACCAAACACUAAUAGAAUCAUUGCUGCUUGUGGUUUCAGACUCGAGCGACAGAAGGGAGGGGUGAUAGCUCUUUUCUGCCUGGAUGUGUAGAACAAUAGUCUAGAUUUCCAUCCUGGCCAGAAGGCUAGGAGACUCUCUGUUCUGAAUCCUGGUUGCCAUAUCACCAUCCGUGACCGAGUCACUGGUUCCAGUGAGUUAGUGGAAAGGAACGUCAGGUCCAUGCUGCUUUGAGAGCUUGCCCUCCCUGGCCUGCCCAGGAAGUCCCCACUGCUAGCCUCAGCAUUCUCAUCAGGAAAUGAAUAGCCUGGAGAUGUCUGGCAGUACCUUUUCAGGAAACUUAGUGUUUAGAACACAGUUUACGUUCAAACGUGUGAGUGAAGGUCAGGCAGGAUCUCAUUUAUUCUUCUUUCUACUAAUUCACUGUGGCAAGACAGUGGCCAGUGAGAUUUUUUUUUUUUUCAUGGAGAUAAAUUUUUCUUCUUGAAAAUUUAGUCCUGAGGACAGCUCUGUAUUCUGUUCCAAACACUUGUCAUGUUUCAUGUUCCUAAAAAAAGAUCCUCUUAUACUCUGUAAAAUAGGCAUGCUUCCUUAAAAAGAACGUGUUUAGAAUUUUCACAUGUCAGGUUCCCAUUUUAGGUGUACUUGGGAGCUUUCCUUAAAUGCUUUAUGAAACAUUUCCUUAAGUUACAAAUCACCUCUCUUAUCUGUCCGUGUGUUAUCCUGUGUUGUCAGGUGACAUUAGCUUGACUGGGGGAUAUCUGUGCUUGCAUGAAAAGCUGAAGUUUUGGGGCGCCUGGGUGGCUCAGCCGGUUGGGCAUCUGCCUUCGGCUCAGGUCAUGAUCCCGGGGUCCUGGGA